CAGACGCGAUCCGAUGCUACUCGUGCACGGUGCCGCCCUACCCCGGCGGGGAUAUCCACACUAUGCAGAAAAAUCUGUGCCCCGAACAGCCGUGCCCCGGACCCGAACAGGAGCAAAAGUGUGUCAAGAUUAUCGACAACAGUCAAUACGAGAAGAAGGUGGUGCGGGGCUGCUUGUGGGACCUGCGCAGCAGCAACUGGAAGAUGUACCUGCCCGCCGACACGUUCAGCGGCUGCCGACGCGGAUCGAAUCUCUACGACGACGCGCCCAACUCACAGCAGCGGUAUCGCAGCUCGCACGAGACGUACAGCGAGACGGGCAGCUCGUAUCGAGACAGACUCGAGCACCUUGAUAUAUGCCUGUGCGAUGAUUGGAACCAUUGUAACGCAGCGGUCGUCGCGCGCAGGCCGGCAGGGGUGGGUGCGACGACGACGCUGGCGAUGGCGCUGGUGGUGGUGGGAAGGUGGAUGUGGUAGCAGGCGCGAGGGGAGUGAGAUGGUCGGGAGAUGCUGCUGCUGCUGCUGCUGCUGCUGCUGCUGCUGCUGC